AGGACGCACUGGGCGGAGUACAGGUGCCUGUCUGUUCAUUCAGUCUGAGCCUCAUUUAAAAAGUAAAGGAUAAUUAGUUAGUCAAGAAAUUCAAGUAGAUAAGAAUUUGAUACACGGACAGGUAACCCAAGCGUCGCUCAUUGUCCGUCCCACGAGCAUAUAAAUAUAUAUAUAAGUUGGCAGUGGAUGAGAGGCACUAUCACACAGCCUUACCUCUGCUCUGGAUCACCGGGACGAGAGACUCUUCAAAGCGCAGGUUGAACAUGUCACUUACUUCCAUCCUCUCCGCUGAAGCCAUUGAGAAUGCUGUUAAAGACUGCCAAGCUCCAGACUCCUUUUGUUAUAAAAAGUUUUUCCAACUUUGUGGCCUGAGUCAGAAAAGUCCCCAAGAGGUGAAGGAUGUCUUCCGCAUUAUAGAUGAAGACAACAGUGGAUUUAUUGAGGAGGCUGAGCUCAAGUUCUUUCUCCAGCGGUUUUUCCCAGGGGCACGAACUCUGACAGAAAAGGAGAUUAAGAGCCUCCUUACAGCUGCAGAUGAUGAUAGUGAUGGAAAGAUUGGAGCAGAAGAGUUCCAAACAAUGGUGUUAUCCUGAAAGAAUUGGUGUUAUCCUGACAGAAUAACCCUCGGUCACACUCAGUCUGCAGCACACAGACACGAGCGCUGUGGCUUCAUCUUUCCCUCUGCUUUUUACAUAGGAUUUAAUUUCAAAAUAAGCAUCAGUACAUGAAUUUGUCUUUUGAAUAUACAUGUCUGUUUUAUUGUUCCAUUUUAUUUCAAAUGACCAAUGACAAAACAGUUCAGGGAAAAGAAAAUAAAGUCACUAAAACUGA